UAAUAUGAUCCCUAGUGUUUUCACUGCCAUAUUGAUGGGCUCACAGCUCGUUCAUAAAAGUUAAGAAGGCGCAUGAUGCGUGUGUGUGAAAUCCAUUUUCUGACCUCUAGAUGGAGUAUUUGACUGACGAUAUCGCAACAGCGAGGAGUCUGCAGGUCACUACGGUGUGUCUCCCUGUCGAUAUGGGGGCGAAUCAUAAUUAACAAGUCGUGUACCAUCAGUACAUAUACAGUGCGUACUGUCUGAACCUCAUAUUCUUUGUCCUAACACAGUUCAGCGUCGAUGGCUACAUUCUGGACCUAUGAUUAUGCAUGUUCACUUCAUGAAGAGUGGGCAUUUUUGCUUCGAUCACACUGGACCAAGAUGAAAGGCCUGUAUAUUGCCACACGAUACCUCCCCUUUAUCAUGCUCGCCACGGAUCUAUAUAGGAGUUUUACCCUGAAUGAGAACACAAGUGAAUGUUUAGUGUCGGUUCAUAUUAGCUCAGGUCUUUGCACAGUAUUAUCCAUUUUCUCCGGAUGUUUUUUCAUCCUCAGAACAUAUGUGCUCUGGAACAAAAAUAGAAUCUUGUUCGCAGCCAUGCUGUCCACUUUUUUCACUUUUCUCGGAGCAUCCUUCGGCAUCGUCUUCGCCACUGCCGUCCCCGCAGCAUAUCCGACUAGCGCGAUCCCGGGCAUCACAGGGUGCUAUGAGACCAGUUUCUGGUACUUUAUGCCAUUUCUUCUCUUUUCCGUGUUCCAAUUGGGACUGAUGAUACUUACGCUCAUACGCGCCAUACAGAGCUGGCAGAGAUCCCCAAGCCCUCUGUACGUUGUCCUGGUGAAGCAUAACAUAUUCUAUUAUGCAUGCGGUCUUCUGUUUUCGGUAACGAAUAUCUUCAUGUCGCUGCUCCUCCAGGCCUCUUACCGCACCAUGUUGUAUGAUUUCGAGUUCACGAUCCUUGCAAUCCUCACCACGCGCAUGCACCUCCAUCUCUGGCGGAUAAACCAACAUGCACACGGCUCUGGCGCCUCCGUAGGUAUCCCAAUGUCCGACAUGUCAACUGUAAUUUCCAUCGCAUGAUGUUUUAUGUUGUGGUUUAUUCGGUGUUGUUUGUGGAGCGAGGGUUGGACCAUACAAGAUGACUGGGUGGAGCAUUUGAAUGGCCUUGGUCUGUUUAACACAUGUAGUUUCCACUGCAAGCGGUGGCGCACUCAGGAUCCAGAACUCGAGUGUGCUGUCGUCACA